UGCUCGUGCAGGAGGAGCUCGUGUCACAUGACGUGAUGUUAUAUGAGUUAGAGCCUCUUUUACUGUCUAUGGUUUGAGCUGCUGCUAAACCGGGUCUCACUCAUUCACCGUCGGCGAGCUCAGAAUUAGACACCCGUCGCGAUGGCUGUCCGCGGUUGUGUGACCCUGCUCUUUAUUCUACUGAGCGGUAUUGUGCAUGCUGAUGAUCUGGUGACUUCAUCAAUACCUUCUCCAACCACCUCCAAACACACUUCAGCUGUGACUACGGCAUUUGCAACCACACAUCACAACACAACUAAUUCAACUACAGAGCCUCCAACUACUCCACAUCACAACACCACAAAUUCCACCACGGAAGCGCCAACUACUCCACAUCACAACACCACAAAUUCCACCACAGAAGCACCAACUACCGCACAAACUAAUGCUACUACAGCCCCAACUCCUCCUCCGACAUCAUCUCCUGUCCCCAACCCAACUGUUGGAAACUACAAUGUCAAGUCAGACAAUGUCACAUUCUGUCUUUUGGCAAAGAUGGGUCUUCAGUUCAGUUUCAAAAUAAGUGAGAAUGCCAGCUUCCAGACUCUUAAUCUUGACCCGAGUCCUAAUGUAACAGAAGUGAAUGGAACCUGUGGAAGUGGUGGCAGUGACUCUUCCCUUGUGCUGAAGUCAGAAGAAAUCACAGUUCAUUUGGUCUUCACAAAUGUUUCACAGAAGUUCCGUCUACAUGCUUUGAUGCUCUCUGUUAAUCUUGCAAAUGGAAAUGUGUUCAAUGCCUCCAAUAAUAAUUUGUCUCUAUGGGAGGCAUCUGUCGGAAGCUCCUACAUGUGCAACAAAGAGCAGAGUUACAACAUCACUGACAAGCUUACCAUCAACACGUUCGAGCUACAGGUGCAGCCCUUCGCAGUCCAGAACAACAAAUUUAACACAGCGGAGGAAUGCUUUCUGGAUUCUGAUUUGAGUUUUCUUGUACCCAUUGCUGUGGGCGUGGCUCUCAGCUUCCUUAUCAUCCUAGUGCUUAUCUCUUACCUGAUUGGCCGGCGGAAGAGUCACACUGGUUACCAGUCCGUAUAACAACCCAAGCUGCUACUAUCUUGCCUCUAAACCCGGCUUGUCCUUUUACCAUUUAUACUUGCUCCUCCUCUCUCUUCCGGUCCUGUUGGCUUCCUCUUUUGCUCUGCAAGUUGCUCGACCCUCCUCAUCUGCCAGCACUAACCGCUGAUGACCCCUAUUUCUUACACAUUUGAUUGCACCGUUAUAGCAUUACUACAUAAUUAUAUCUCUGUGCUCUAAUAAUUUCCUGUGUAUGAUUUAAACAUUUUAUGAAUGAUGUGGCAUAUUUCAGCUUGAUCACUCUUGAAGCAAUGUCAGCCGGCAUGAAUCACUUGUUUCGUGUAAGCACAGGCUGUAAAAAUCUACUGGCAUUGCACUGUAUGUUAAACGCAUGGGGAAAAAAAUUAUGCUCUAUGGAUGCUCAGUUCUGAAUGCUGUGACUUAUAUUCAUGUGAACUGUCAUUAUGACUGAAUGAUGCAGUUUUAGAAUUAAGAAUCUUUUGAGUUCAUUAACCAUUGAAGGUAAAUGCUCAAUUAGUUCUGUAAUUGUGUUGUCGUGAAUCAGUUCUUGCCUAAACUAGGGGUGAAAAGUAUCCUGGUGCAUUUUCUUAAUCGGCAUAUCUUAUGAUAAGUCACACUAUUGCACUAAGCACAUUGUAUUAUAAAGGGACACAAUUUUUUUUUUGUGAGCAGCACUGAAUAUGAAUAUUUUGUAGAUCAUGCUUUAGUUAAUUUCAUAUGGUCCCUCUCAGGGAAUGUUGGAAGUGUUAUAAAAGGCCUAUUAGUACAUGGGGUUUGUGGAUUUAGUUUGUCAUUUCUCUGGACAAAUGAAUACAAUGUACAAAAUACACCAUUUCUAAGACCAAAGCUACAAGUUCCUGUGUCUUUUCUGUCUUUUCUGCUUUGCAUAAUGAAAACACUAAUGUGUCCGAACCAGUCCAUUUGUGUACAAUUUUAUUUUUCUUAAAAACCCCCAAAGGAUUUAGCUGUUAAACACAGAAUA